ACGGGGCAACUCUCGUCCACCAGGUUCGGCAAGCUAAAAAAAAUCAUUACUUUUGAGAGCAUCUAUCGUAUGCCCUCAGCGACUACAAUAACAGCAGCAACAAUGGCGCACUGCUCCUCCUCCACCUCCUCCUUAUACCCGAAACUCCUCUCCAACUCUACUUUCCGAACUAAAUGUACACCAAUUCCUAGAUUAUUCACAAUUUCUGCCAAUUCUUCCAUCCAUUCAACCCAUUUUUGCUCCGUUUCUCACUCCGCCACCUACCGACGUUCCCUCCGCCGUAUUCCGGUGGUCUCCGGAACCCUCACCGUUGAAUCUACGACUUUGUAUUCCGACGAGAAGGACGGGAAGAAGCUUCUUCUUGAAGUUAAGGAUCUCACCGCUGUUAUUGCUGAAUCUAAGCAGAAGAUUCUAAAUGGCGUUAAUCUUACUGUGUAUGAAGGAGAGGUUCAUGCAAUCAUGGGGAAGAACGGUUCUGGAAAGAGUACAUUCUCAAAGGUUCUUGUUGGUCAUCCAGAUUAUGAAGUUACUGGAGGGACCAUGAUUUUUAAAGGUCAAAACCUACUUGAGAUGGACCCAGAGGAAAGGUCUCUUUCAGGUAUGUUUAUGAGUUUCCAGUCACCAGUUGCAAUUCCUGGAGUGAGCAAUGCAGAUUUUUUAAAUAUGGCAUACAAUGCUCGACAAAAAAAACUUGGACUUCCAGAGUUGGGUCCUAUAGAGUUUUUUAGCCAUGUAUAUAGCAAGCUUGAUCUGGUGAACAUGAAGAUGGAUUUUCUGAAUAGAAAUGUUAAUGAAGGAUUUAGUGGUGGAGAAAGAAAGCGGAAUGAGAUUUUACAACUUGCGGUUUUGGGGGCUGACUUGGCGAUAUUAGAUGAAAUCGACUCUGGGCUAGACGUUGAUGCACUUCAAGAUGUAGCAAAAGCAGUAAAUGGCCUUUUGACACCAAAUAAUUCUGUGUUGAUGAUCACUCAUUAUCAGCGUCUUCUGGAUUAUAUAAAGCCUGCUUAUAUUCAUAUUAUGGAAAAUGGAAAAAUCGUGAAGACUGGUGACAUUUCUCUCGCAUCAGUCCUGGAGAAGGAAGGAUACAAGGGAAUAACAACUGCAUAAACAUUGUUCAGAUGGUCGAGCACUUCUUGAGAUUCAAACGUACAGCUGAACCUGGAUGUUAUUAUUUUUUAUUUUGAUGGGGGGUACCUGGAUGUUAUUUGUCAAAGAAAGAGAUAAGAAACGUUAGAUUAGCAGGCGGCGAAACGUGGAUGCCAAACGGUAGUGAGUUCGUUACUGAAGAAGAAAUAUGAAUUUUGGGAGACGCAAUUUGGAUCAUAUACGGGUGCACAGUGCUCAUUGUGCACCCCGUUGAACAUUUAUUGAAAAUUUAAUGAACAUGGAGAAUGUUUUCAAUGUACAUGUACUAGUGAAAUAUUUGAACUAUAUGUUCAUUGGCCAUAUGUUCUUUGUAUUUGAACUAUAUGUUCAUUGAAAAACAGGGUGAACAGUGAGCAUUGUGCACACGUGUAUAAACCAUAUUUUGGAAUGGGGAGGAAUGAUGUAUUUAACGA